GCCAGGCGUGAUGUUGCACGUGGAGAUGUUGACGCUGAUGUUUCUUGUGCUCUGGACGUGUGUGUUCAGCCAGGACCCUGGCUCCAAGGCCGUCGCCGACCGCUACGCCGUCUACUGGAACAGCAGCAACCCCAGAUUUCAGAGGGGUGACUACCACAUUGACGUCUGUAUCAAUGACUACCUGGAUGUGUUCUGCCCUCACUAUGAGGACUCAGUCCCAGAAGAUAAGACUGAGCGUUAUGUCCUCUACAUGGUGAACUUUGAUGGCUACAGUGCCUGCGACCAUACUUCCAAAGGGUUCAAGAGAUGGGAAUGUAACCGGCCUCACUCUCCAAAUGGACCACUGAAGUUCUCUGAAAAAUUCCAGCUCUUCACACCCUUUUCCCUAGGAUUUGAAUUCAGACCAGGCCGGGAAUAUUUCUACAUCUCCUCUGCAAUCCCAGAUAAUGGAAGACGGUCCUGUCUAAAGCUCAAAGUCUUUGUGCGACCAACAAAUAGCUGUAUGAAAACUAUAGGUGUUCAUGAUCGUGUUUUCGAUGUUAACGACAAAGUAGAAAAUUCAUUAGAACCAGCAGAUGAUACCGUACACGAGUCAGCCGAGCCAUCCCGCGGCGAGAACGCGGCACAAACACCAAGGAUACCCAGCCGCCUUUUGGCAAUCCUACUGUUCCUCCUGGCGAUGCUUUUGACAUUAUAGCACAGUCUCCUCCCAUCACCUGUCACAGAAAACAUCAGGGUCUUGGAACACCAGAGAUCCACCCAACUGCUCAUCCUAAGAAGGGAUUUGUUAUUGGUUUUUUGGCAGAUGUCAGAUUUUUAUUUUCUUUCCUUCAGCCUGAAUUCUAAGCAACAACUUGGGGCCGGGGGAGCUAACAUAGUUGCUGCCUCCCUCACCUCACCCCCACCCCUGCCCUUGCCUUCUCUCACCCCUUGCAAAUUAGAUGGACUCCAGAUGAAAAUGCCCAGUGGUUAUAGUGACACCCGUGGUCGUCUGCUCCUGUGCAUUCUCCUCCAAGAGCUCACCUCCUGUAGCGUACUGUCAGCGGUAUGUGGACGAGGAAGGAUAGUGGCAGAUGCAGCCGGUGAUGGCGAGGCCCAGGAGGGUUUUCCUCUCCCACGCAAUACUUAUGCCUUCUCGUUCAGGACUGUAAGAUGAUCGUGCAGGGCAUCAUGUCACCAUGUCAAGUCCAGAGGGGAGGGAUUAAGACUAGAUAUAAUAUUACAUCAUUUCCUCUAGGAGUAUAUAAAUGAACAGGCUUCUAAAAGGUUGAGACACUGGUUUUCUGUUUUUUUGUUUUUGUUUUUUUAAAAAGGUGACUGUCUUAAAGCAUUCUUGACAGCAAAACUUGUGCUCCGUAAAAGAAGCCUUUUGUCUAGGAGGCGGGUCGAGUGCCGGAAUGUUAGCACAGAGCAAGUGUGAAAACACGCUGCGUUGGGUGGGGGAUAUAUAUGUGUGAGUGCCUCUAAUUUUUUUUGGUGACUGACUGGGCAGCGCACACCAGAUUUUUUUUCCUUUGAAUACAGAUCACCAUGGUGCUACAACUUUUUUUUUUUUUUUUUUUUUUUAAAGAAACUGAAAGAGGCAUUUUUACAAAUAAAGUGACCUUCCCCGAGGCUGACAAGCCAGGGUUGAUGAGUGUAUAUGGAAUAGCUUUGGAUACUCCUCUGGGGGAACGAUGUGUACCAAGGAAAGGGUGUCAGUGGCCAGAGGAGAUGUAAUUUGGCUUUGCUGGAGCGCCAGUGUGCUGUGGCCUUUCCCUGACUCCCACCCUCAUACCCACACUUUGCUCCACACUCCACGACUACAGGGGCUCAGACACAAACCCCUGUCCCUGGAAGAGUCAAUACUACUUGGGAGGGCUAAAGGGAAAUUUGGAAUAAAAAUUCCAAAGUCUGGAACGAAAAAAUUCAAGAGUUGAUUUUAUAUUCUUUCCCUUUCUGACACAGCCUGAAGCGUAGGGGGAACAUAUGUUUAUCUGUGGGAGAUAAACAAGAUGGAGUCCCAAAGACUUUAACAAACUAUUUUUUUAAAAAUCCACUAGAAUAGAAUAUACAUUAUUUAGAUAUACUUUAUGCUGAGAGUGAGUAUAUAUGCUUGUCCUAUUUAAACCUGUGAGAAAAAGUGGUAUCCCUUGAUACAUUUAGAAAUAUGGGGGGGCUGCCUUGUUUCAUUGUAGGGGUGGGCAAGAGGACAGUAAAUCAGCACGGCCAACAGGGAUGUUCCCAGUCCAUUACCAGGAAAUGCAAGCCUUGGGGGUUGCUACUGGUGAGGCUGUCACGAACUUUGAACUCCAAAGCCUAGACAGGGAAAAGUGUCAGACCAAUGGAAAAGAAAAGAAAUCAAGCAAGCCUUUUUUGGCUGUUGCAGGACAUGUCAAUAGAAACCAUGCCUUUCAAAACAAAACAAAAAAUAAAUGCAAUGAUCGUGUAAGAUGUGAAAAACUGGAAGCGUUCCAGCACAAUAAGGACUUUUUUAAAACUGGGUUUUUUUUUUAAUGUACAUGUUUAAAAAGAGGGGUCAUAUUAUGGAUAGACUUCAUGAAGGGGAAUUUGCUAAGAACUGUGAGUAGUUCUGAAUUAGAGAGAUAUGUGAAUGAAAGGCAGCUGUAAAGGCGCUGCACGCUGGAGAGUUGUACACAUGUUGAAAUGUAAUCUGGGCUUACCCGAUCCGUUUGGAGUGGAUGUUAAUGCUGGGUCUGUUCGCACUUGGAACCAUGUGAGAGGUUGCCAGCCUCUCGGAUUAAAUCCCAUUCCCCCAGACAUCAGGAACUUCUCUGGAGUGGCAGAGUCUUAUCACAGAAGGCAGCCACCAUUUCACUGAAACAAAAGUUCACAGCAUUGGAUUAUUUUUUGCAUUAACUAUUUAUAUACUCAGAACUCUCAGUAAUACCCAGUAAUACUUCUUUUUUAUUAAUAGUUAGUUACAGGCUUGUUGGUCCAGUGGGAUUUGGGUAGGGGGAAAAAGAUGCCUUCUAAAAUGGAUCAAUAGAACCAAAAUAAUAUUGCAUGUUCUAUGACCACAAGGAAAUCAAAUGAUCCUGUAAUGAUUCCAGUUAGUCAUAACUACAUUAUCAGUGCUAAUUUCAUUUUAGAAAUGGUGACUUCUGUGGUUUUUCUAGCAUUUGUCUCUAACAAAUGAUAAAAUAAUUAAUGACUCAUGGCUCUCUCUGCCAUUGUCUUUCAUUUUUCACAGUGAAAUUAGACCCCUUCACCACUGUGCCACUACAAAUUAAAUGUAAAAAAAAAAAAAAAAAAAGCAAGACUAUCCACACCAGUAGACAAUGUGCUUCUCUACCUAAAAGUGACGUAAUUGUAGGUAACGCUUGCCACGGAGUUUUCAAGAAGACGAUUGGUAUCGUGCAGUUUUCAUCUUGUCCAAAAAGUGCUGGUGGCCUUUUGUGAUGGUGUUAACAACCCUCAGGGGGCUUAGGAGGAUGUCGACGCAACUUUGUAGCAGCUUUUAAUUUCAAAAACAAUUCAAAAGUAUGAAGGGCAGCCUUUGCUGCCUCUCAGCCCCAGUCAGUCAAACCCCAGCGACCUUUGCCCCUGGUUGCCAAGGGCUUUGCAACGUGAAGCAGGGAAAUAAGGAUCUGUCUGUUUAGUGGAUACCGUGUAUCCUUUAAUAGACCAGGUAAUAGUUUGUGUUAGUUUAGACUAUUGUUUUGUACUGUACUUUCUUGGGUGGCAGAGGAAAGAAAAGUAAAACGUUAAAAAAAACUGCAUUCUUUAAAUUCUGUAUUAUUAGCAACCUCUGUUGUAUAUAGUGUUUGAUAAUAAAGUAUUAAUUUGAUUCUUAUGCCUUUUGUAAGUGAGAACAAUAGUCUUUCAGGAUACAAAACAUGCAUUGAGGCUUUGAAACAUCCAAUGUAGACGUGGCUAAGAAGAGUCACAAAUGGCCGAGACACUGCUCCAUACAGGACUCACGUGUGGUCACCGCCCUCCCAAUCUUAAGACUCCACCAUCUUGGGACCUGGAACAACAUGACUUUUUUGAUCAACAUUUUGUCCUCAAUGUUUUCAAGGUCUGAUGUUGGAGCCCUGUGGUGUCCCCCCCACCCCCGCCCCCGGCAUGUUGGUUUGAAAAGGUUUAGGGAAUUUAGUAACGGUUCUGUACCUUGGUUUGGUCUUCCGUUUGUGGUGGUUUUCAUUCUUCCCCAGGAAGAGUCUUGUCAGUAUCAUGUGCAGCCCAAGCAUGGGAAAGGUUUCAAACCAGUUCAUUUAGGAAGGUUAAAUGGGGGUUCUUUCUCUCUGAGUCAUUGUGAAAGGAAGAGUCACACAGUACCUGUGGACUUUCAGGGACUUUGUCUCUGGUGCCUUAGCAACGGCAGCAGCCAUUUUUAUUAGUUUCCCCAAAAUUUAAAACAAAAAACAGUUUAAACCCCUUCCCUCCAUUCACUGCUCUCAGAGCUGUGAUCACUAGUUUUUCUUUUGGAAACCACCUCCACCAACAAACACUCCCGUUUGCCUACACUCCCCCCGCCACCUUUUAUUUCUUAUGUUUACUUUUUCUGUCUCUCGACUUCCUCCCACUUUUGGUUUUCCCUCAGAACCGUGAAUGGGCAGGUCUGUCUCUGGUUUGGCAUCACUGAGUUUUUCCCAUGCAUUUGCCCCAGAGCUGCUCGGAUGUGAGACAAAUCUCCCUACAAUGGGCUUGCUCCCAUUGUCUGUACAGUUUAAUAGAUGCUGGCAUGUUGGAGGUUACCCAUGAGUCCAAAUCCGCUUUCCAUGCUUACUCUUGACACCCCAUUGAAGCCACUCAUUGUGUGUGCGUCUGGGUGUGAAGUCCAGCUCCGUGUGGUCCUGUGCUUGUACUGCCCGCUUUGCAGUUCCUUUGCACUUACUCAUCGAGUGCUGUUUUGAAAUGCUGACAUUAUAUAACCGUAAAAGAAAAUGUAAAAAAAAAAAAAAAAACACACACACAAACAAA